AACAGUCCGGAUCAAACGGCGUUGUUUUGUCUUUCCACCUGCUAAACGGAAUGGGGUUUCUUUUUUUUCAAGCUUUUGGGAUGUUUCAGUCCGGUCAGGACUAUAAUGGACAAUUAGUCUAAAGUUAAAUGAAUUCCUUUAUUAAGUAGAACUGAAUGGUUUAGAGUUUUACUGCGGGUGUCCUCAAAGUUUUGUCCUCAAACCCACUGGCAGCUCCUGUGUCGGAUCAGACACACCCGCGCUGUCUGUGUGACAGAGCAGCGGUCAAACAGAGGAGUUGAUGGGAGCCGAGUGAAGUGGAAAUGCUCUACCACCGGCGCGUCUCUCUCUGUCUCACUUGUUUUUUUUAUCGUCCAAAACUCUGGCAGGUUUAGCUGCUGGACUCAGGUCGGGAGUUGGGAUUGUCACUGUUGGAUCUACAGGAUGCAUCAUCACUUGAACUCACAUAAUGUGCUACCCGAAGCGGAUCUGUCUGACAAGUUCGCUUGAUAUUUUCUUUUAAACACCUCUUUAAACGUAUCUUAAAGCGCAAUGAUUUUAACAACUUUUGUCAUUAUAUUGUCCUUCCUGGACUCAGUGUUCACCUUGAAGGGGGAAAGCAGCUCAACCUCCCGGUCCGUGCGACUGGACUGCGUAAAGGCCAGUGAACAAUGUCUAAAGGAGUACAGCUGCAGCACCAAGUACCGGACGAUGAGGCAGUGUGUGGCGGGGAGGGAGAGCAACUUCAGCGCGGUCACCGGUCCCGAGGCGCAGGGCGAGUGCCGCAGCGCUAUAGAUGCCAUGAAGCAGAGCCCCCUCAAUAACUGCAGGUGCAGAAGAGGCAUGAAGAAGGAGAAGAACUGUCUCCGGAUCUUUUGGAGCAUAUUCCAGAGUUUACAGAGUAAUGAUUUGCUGGAAUACUCUCCGUAUGAACCAGUCAACAGCCGGCUCUCAGAUAUCUUCCGACUGGCCCCCAUCAUAGCUGUUGAACCUGCAUCCACAAAGGAGAACAACUGUCUGAAUGCUGCUAAGGCCUGUAACCUGAAUGACACAUGUAAGAAAUACCGCUCAGCUUACAUCAUCCCCUGUACUAGCAGGGUGUCUGCUUCUGAGGUCUGCAACAAGCGCAAAUGCCACAAGGCCCUGCGACAGUUCUUUGACAAGGUUCCAAAUAAAUACAGCUAUGGGAUGCUGUUUUGCUCCUGUCCAGCGGGGGAUCAGACAGCAUGUGCAGAACGCCGACGACAAACAAUUGUACCCGUCUGCUCCUAUGAGGAUAAAGACAAACCUAACUGUCUCUCUCUUCAGAACACAUGCAAGACCAACUACAUCUGCAGAUCAAGGCUGGCAGACUUCAUCAGCAACUGUCAGCCUGAAGCUCGCUCCAUAUCUGGCUGUCUGAGGGAGAACUAUGCUGACUGUCUGCUGUCUUACUCAGGUCUUAUUGGUACAGUGAUGACACCCAAUUAUGUGCGAUCACUUGGUAUUAGCCUGUCACCAUGGUGUGACUGCAGCAGCAGCGGGAACAGCAAGCCAGACUGUGAUAGAUUUGUUGAGUUUUUCACCAACAAUCGAUGCCUACGUAACGCCAUCCAGGCAUUUGGCAAUGGUACUGAUGUUGGAGUUUGGCAACCCCAACCCCCGAUUCAGCCUACUGUACUAGAGCCUAGCAUUACUCAGAGGGGUAAAGACCGAACCAAUAAUGCAAUGGAUACACUGACAGAUAUGACCAAACUGGAUCUUGAUGGCGACUCGUUAUAUCACAUCUGUGGGACCUUACAGGCCCAAAAACUGGUUUCAAAUCUAACAGUGGCUACUUCUCUAUGUUUGAACCAUCAACUGGAUGAGUCCAGUGACUCAAAUACCAUUGCUAGAAGCUCAGCAGCUGAACUCACCUGCUUACAUCCCUCAAGUAUGCUCCUCGCACUAGCCUUUGCUUUAACACCAACAGUAAAGCUUGAGGUUCCCAGCUUUUGUAGGAUCUGAGGACUAUGGAUCACACUAUGGAACACUCUUAUCUCAAGAAGUGAUUCAACUCAUUUUAAUUUUGACAUUUGCCAAGGUGUGAGACCUCCAUUUUCCUUGAAAUGUAAAUGAGCUACAGAGCACGGUAAGAGCACUGAAAUCACAGACAACAGUGGACUAUAUCUGAGGACUGACUGUUGCUGUGUUGAAAACAGACCUGCUGACGCUGUUGCUGAGAUAUCAGCUCAUUUGCCUUCUAUGCCUCAAGGGCGCAAUUUGGUGAGAUUCACACUUAGGAACACUCAUUUUUUGGAGUUAAACCCUGUGAUCUGAUAACCACGUGAAUAACUUAACUUCUUUGGAACGUGUGCAAUCAGUGCACAUUUGACUGGACGGACUGCCAAUGUGCUGAACAGUGUUUUGAGGAUAAAGUGGAUCAUUCUCUGCAUAACUGUGCUUUGAUUUGUCCUGCCAAUAAACUCACAUUAGUUCAACAAAAGAAAAGAAAACUAAGUGUUGAUCUAAAAAUGUUUAUCUACAAUAUGUCACAAUGGACAACUAUCACAUUUCAUAGACACACUGUCUGGAAUAUGAUUCAUAAAACAUUUCAACUCAUUUAAAAGCCCAUAACAUUUUGUCAGAGUAUCCUCAAAGGACAAAGACAUAUCAGCCAGAAGAAAGUAACAAUUUUCUCUUCUACAUGUUCGGUACUAGAUAUAGAUCAGUUUUGUAGAUUUAUCUGAUUGUUAUGGUGGUUUGUGGUUUAAUCACAUCACCUCCAAAAGAUCAUUUUGUACAUAUAAUACAAGUGUACACUCUAUUACAAUAUGCUGCUGUUAGCUUGUAAAAUAUUGUCUGUAAUGUUUUUGAGAGUCUAUGUUAGUAUCUGGUGAUUGAGGCCUCUCAGCUUUAUCCAGUGUAGCUAUGGUUUAUAAAAUGUGACGGGAUAUGGUUCCUUACUCAUGUGGUUACAGAUAUGACUUUAUUGUGUGAUUAUAUUUUGAUUGCAAAGUGCAUAAUGUUAUCUUGAACCGUAUUUUUCUUGAGGAAUAUCGAACCAUCUGUAACAACAACAAGAACAAAGAAUUUUCAAAGGUGUUUAAUGGCUAAAACGAAGUAAUGUUAUUCUUCUGUUAUACUGAAAGUGAACAUGUUUGGAUGGUUUGAUCCAGAUUCAUGAGACUGCUCCUAUUUGAUUUCAUUUUUGUCUGUUAUUUUGUCUUGGUAGACAGCAAAAGGACAGGGGUUUUAUAAUUAAAGAAUGUGUACAUACCCACAAGUAAAGCAAAUGCCAAAAGACAAAAGCCUGUAGACAUCAUCUGCAAUUGCUAGCAAUUACGGAUGAUGCAAAUGGAGGAAAAGAUGAAUGCUUACAUUGUUAUGUACUUAAGACACCCUAAUUAUCAGAGACAUUAAAAGAAUGUACAACAUAAUGACAAUGAACACUGAAAACUUGUUUUUAAACAUCCUUGACUGAUUGAUUUUUAAAAACAUGUAAAAUGUCUCUGUUAAAAUCACUUCCAUGUAUGAUCCCUGUAGACAUCUAAACUAAAGCCUGUAAUGAUGCACUU